AACGCAACGAUUGCUGCCUCUGCUUCUGCUGCUCCUUGGAGCCUACCUCCCAUGUUGAGCCAAGAGCUCAGUUUUGCAGUAGCGACCAGCCGCCUUAUACACUCGAUUCGCUGUUUCUUGCGCGUUUCUAAGGUUUCGUUUAGCAGCCAUUUUCGUGAUUUGUCUCCAUGGCUUAGUUUCUGUUAUCGCCCUCUUGUGUAUUACCUGCUUUCUUCGCAUGUUGAUUCAGUCUUAGCAUCGCUUAGUCCUCGUUGCCGCCUUCCUCGCCGCCGUCAGUCGGUCUUAUUUGUCGGCCUCUCGCAUUUAUUUGCUGUCGUUGUCGUCGUGCUCGUCAGCGCUGUCUCGUUCUCCGUGUCUCUCCCUAAACUUGUGCCUUCCUUCUGCUGCCACCCCUCCCUUUCUCCCCUUUUUCUGCCGUUUCCCGUUCCCUCAGGUUCGGACUACCUCCUGCGAGGAGUCUUCGCUCGUUAACAUCACAUCCAAUUAUCAAGCUUUCCUUGAUAAAUAACAACUAUUAACCGGCCGUAUUUCCAUUUUCGCCACUCGCAAUCCAUAGUUGUGCUCGCGUUGUUUAGAAGUUUCCGAGAAAGAUCACCAUGGACAGUUUACCAGCGGGGUUCGACAAGGAUCUAUUGAAGGCAGCUCUAGCGUCGCUGCGCGACGAGGACAGCAGCGGCAGGGGGGGCGGCGGGGGCAUGGAGUUGACGGACGACCUGGUCUCGCGCGUGGGGCAGCGCCUGCAGCACCUGCAGGCACUCGCCGCUUCUCGGGCGCCGCCCAAGUCCCCCGCGUUAGCGCCUAGAUCACCCGCGGUUGCGCCCAAAUCCCCCGCGGUAGCGCCCGCUCCCCUCCCUGCAGCUGCGGCUCAGGGUGAAGGCGGGAGUGGUUCCCCAGCCCCUCAGGCGGGGGAGGCUCAAAGAGCGGACGGCGGGGAGCAGGCGGAACAGGGCAGAGGUAGCGAGAUCGGCGGAGAUGGCGCGGGGGAUGUUGCUGGAGACACGGGACAUGCAAAGGGGGAGCCAGAGCCGGUUGUAGCGCACGCUAUAGCGGACACUGGGCGGAAGGUCCAUGAGGGGGCGGAUGGUGAGGGGGAAGAGGGGACAUCCCGGGACGGGGCGAGGAACGCGAGGGGACGGGGUUGGUCAAGGGGGGGGGGCGCAGUGGGCGGAAGUAGCAGUGGGCUAGUUGCGCGGGCAAACGCCGCGCCGGUGGCGGGAGAGCUGGCGCACGCGGAGGCGGAGAAGGCGGAGAAGAUCGUAUUGGCAGGAUACAGCCCCGACUGCGACCAGCGAGCCAGCGAGCCCGAGCACCGGCAGGCGCAGGGGCAAGCGCAAGACCUAGCCGCCUCGCAUCCGGACGGCAAACCCUCUCUGGCAGCGCGAGCUGGCAGCCCUGCCGUCGGGGCAGGCGCGAGCCGGCAGCUGCCGUCCACCGCUGGCGCGCAGGAUGUUGCGAAAAACAACAGCCCCGCGCAGGCAGCAGCUGUGCAAGCCGGCGGAGAAAUGGCACCGGGGCGCGGAACCGACUCUUUGACGGGGGAGAGAGGGGGAAUGGGGGGGAUGGUAGGGGAAGGGUCCGAAGGGGCGGGCGCGGAAGGGGCGGGCCCGGAAGCGGGGGAUGGCGGGGAUGGAGGGGAGGAGGAGGAGGAUUCGGAGGAGGGCGUGGAGAAGGAGGCGUCGCGCAUGCUGUCGUCGCAGUUCCGCGGGGUGGUGCCGCAGCCCAACGGGCGGUGGGGCGCGCAGAUCUACGAGAAGCACAGCCGCGUGUGGCUCGGCACCUUCAACGCUGAGGACGACGCCGCGCGCGCCUACGACCGCGCCGCGCUCAAGUUCCGCGGCCGGGACGCCAUGACCAACUUCCGCCCCAUGCCCGAGUCGCACCCCGAGAUCCGCUUCAUCCACGCACAGCCCAAGGAGAAGCUCGUCGACAUGCUCCGCAAGCACACUUUCGACGACGAGCUCGCCAACGCUGCGCACGCCGCGGAAGCGGCGUCUUCUCCGCCUGCGCCGCCCAACACGCACGCUCUCGCGCUUCCCGCGCCUUCGCCACAACUUGGGCAGGGGCAGGGCGCUCUGCAGCUGCAUUCGCAGGGGCAGGCGCAUCCCCCCGAGCCCCACUACACGGGGCAUUCCCCCCUCUCCCUUCCGCCAUCCGCGCAUCUCCACCCGGCCUCCUCCGCCUUCCCCUCCGCUUCCUCCGCCUCUGCGCCCCUCGCGCCAGGUCGCCCCCCGCUGGACGGUGGGGGGGCGCCCCUCCGCAUCGUUGGGGGCACGGGCGCCCCUGCAGGCGCGGGGAUGGGCGGCGGGCGGGAGCUGGGCUUCCCCGCUGCUGACACGGCGCAGACAGGCGGCGGAGGGUUCCAUGGGGGAGGAGGAGGGGCAGGGGGGGCAGCGGGACCAGGCGGGUAUGGCGGAGGGGGCGGGCAGAUGAUGGGGGCAGUGGGGGGAGGAGCAAUGGGGGGAGGUAUGGGCGGAGCGAUGGGCGGAGGAGGGGGGGGGGGCGUGAGCAUGGCGGGGAAGGAGCACCUGUUCGAGAAGGCGGUGACCCCCAGCGACGUGGGCAAGCUGAACCGCCUGGUGAUCCCCAAGCAGCACGCCGAGCGCUGCUUCCCGCUCGACCCCAACCUGCCCACGCCCGCCAUGACGCUCUCCUUCGAAGACGAAACCGGCAAACACUGGCGCUUCCGGUACUCGUACUGGAACAGCAGCCAGAGCUACGUGCUGACCAAGGGUUGGAGCCGCUUCGUGAAGGAGAAGCUGCUGGUGCCGGGCGACAUCGUCUACUUCCACCGCGGCACCGCCGGGGACCUCUUCAUCGGCUUCCGCCGCCGCCCCGCGCAGGGUUUCGCGCCCUCCGCCGCCGCCUCCAGCGGGGGCGCGGGGGCCGCGCUGGGCUGCGCGGAUGCGGCGCAAGACGACCCCAUGGGCCUGCAGGCGCGCUCCUGGCGCAGGCCUUCCCCGCCGCCCCAUGCGGCAGGGGGAGGGGGCAAUCUAGCGGCGCUGGCAGCGGCAAAGCUGCCUGCUAAUCUCUUAGCGCAGCUAGGCCCGUCGGGCGUGGCUCAGCUGGCGUCACUGCUGACGUCAGUGACGGGGCAGGGGGGGCUGACGCCUGCUGUGCUGCUGUCGCAUAUCCAGCAGAUCCAACGGCAGAAGCAGCAGCAGCAGCAGCAGCAGCCGCAACACCAGCAGCAGCAGCACAAAGAGGAGGAGGUGGAGGAGGAAGAGGAGGAGGAGGAGGAGCACCCCCUACAGCCGUUGCAGCAGCAGCCGGGGGGCGCGGGGGAGGGCGAGGGGGCGGUGAGCGAGAUAGUGCCGGGCGUGGUGAAGGGGUCGGUGCAGGAGCAGCUGGUGAACGCCGCCGUGGCCAAGGGGCUGGCGGCGGGGCUGUCGCGCGACCAGAUCGUGUCGUCCAUCGCCGCGCUGCUCGCGCAGCAGCAGGCCAUGCGCAACUCCGCCGCUACAGACAAAGCUGGUGAUGCGCAUGGCGGGGCGGGGCCACAGGGAGACGGUGGCAUGGGCGGCACGGGGGCGAUGGGAGGGAUGGGUGCACCAUCGCUGCUAGUUGCGCCUGGAGCAGGGGGGGCAGGAGCACCAGGGGGGUCAGUGGGGGGAAUGGGAGGAAUGGGGGGGAUAAAUCCGGAGGGGCACGGGCAGGAGGCACCAUGGGAGCAUGGCGGGGCCUCCCAGCCGCCCCCCUCCCUUCACCCGCCCCUUUUCCACAUGCCCCAGUCACUACCUCCCCUGGGUGGCCCCCGCCCCGGGGGGUAUGGGGGGGCGGGGGGACUGGUGGGGAGGAAGCGGGCGGCGCCGGAGGAUUCAGCAGAGCCAUCGGGCAGCCGGGGGGACAUGGGGGACGGGGGGGCGGACGACGGCGCGUCCAUGGCGUCAGGCAUGGGCGGGGGGAAGCGCAUGGCCACCCUUGCUGCUGCCGGCAGUGCGGCUGGUGGUGGUGGUGGUGGAGGUGGUGGAGGUGGUGGAGGUGGUGGAGGUGGUUUCGGGGGAGGCGGUGGAGGGUUGGGGGGGCUGAUGGGUGCUCGACUGAGUGGGCUGGGCGACUCUGGUAGGGAGGCCUCUGGUGGCUCACCGUUCUACCAGCACCAGCAGCAGCAGAACCAGCAGCAGAACCAGCAGCAGAACCAGCAGCACAACCAGCAGGGGAACCAGCAUCCGCCGCAAAUGCAGCAGCAAUCACGGGCAGGCUUCAUGGGAGCGGGCAGCAUGGGGGCAGCAGGUGGGGCAGCAGGGGGUGCAGGGGGAGCAGGGGGCAGCGCUGGUGGCGGCGGCGGCAGAGGGGGCUCGCCCCCCUCCAGCAUGGGCGCUGAGCGCUCAGGUAACUCCUCCCCUGGUGGUACUGGCGGGGGCAUGAUGGGGGGCGCGGGGGAUGGCACAGGGGGAGGGGGAGGGGGGGAAGGGGGGCCCAUGGGGUCAGCAGACGCGGCAGGCACUGCAGGGGCGAGCAUGGUAGGUAUUGCAGGAGGUGCGGGGGCAAGGGAUGGGGUGGGAGGAGGGGGAGGGGGAGGGGGAGGGGGAGGAGGGGGGGGAGAGGAGAGUCUGAGGGUGAAGUGUUUCGUGGAGGGGUCGCCGUUCGGGGUGUCGGUGGACCUGUCGCGCUUCCAGUCGACGCAGGAGCUGCGCGAGGCGCUGCUGUCGGUGACGGAGGGGUCGUCCGUGGUGUACCAGGACCGGGAGGGCGACAUGAUCCUGCUGGGGGACGAGUCCUGGGAAUUCUUCCUCAAGUCCGUCAGGCGCAUGUACAUUCGCAGAUGAAUUGAGUUGAUGCUGGGGGGCUAGCUGGCCCUACCUUAGAUCUCAUGAUAUAUGGUAGUUGUCAGUCGCAGCUAGAUGUGAAAUACCCUUGUUGUGGAAGCCUUUCAGUCCAAGCCUAGCCCCCUGUCCCCUUAAGGGUCUAAUUUUGCACUGUAGGGGCCCCUGAUUGGAUACUGGAAGCUCAGAUUAGUUAGGUUAGGUCCUACCCCCUGUUUGAUCAUUUUGCAACGCGAUAGGGCUGACAGCCAGUUUGAGAAUGUUUA